AUGCAUUUCACAAACCAUAGCCAUCAGAACCCAGCCUCCUUCCUGCUCAUAGGAAUUCCUGGCCUGGAGGCAUCCCACUUUUGGAUUGCAUUUCCCUUCUGCUCCAUGUAUGCUCUGGCAGUGCUUGGCAACAUGGUGGUAUUGCUGGUGGUGCGAUCAGAGCCUUCACUGCAUCAGCCCAUGUACCUGUUCCUCUGCAUGCUGUCCAUGAUUGACCUGGUGCUCUGCACCUCCACUGUGCCCAAGCUCCUUGCAAUCUUUUGGGCAAAUGCUGCUGAGAUCGCCUUUGAAGCCUGUGCUACCCAAAUGUUCUUUAUCCACGGCUUCUCCGCUGUAGAAUCCGGUAUCCUGCUAGCAAUGGCCUUCGAUCGGUACUUAGCCAUCUGCCGGCCACUGCACUAUGGGUCACUGUUGCCCCCAGAAGCUGUGGGCAAGCUAGGAGCUGCUGCUGUGUUUCGUGGCUUAGGGCUUAUGACCCCACUCACCUGCUUACUGGCCAGACUGAGUUACUGCAGUCGAGUAGUGGCCCACUCCUACUGCGAGCACAUGGCGGUGGUAAAGCUGGCUUGUGGGGGCACAAAGCCAAACAACAUCUAUGGCAUCACUGCUGCCACACUGGUAGUUGGCGCUGACUCCGUCUGCAUUGCUGUCUCCUAUGCUCUCAUCUUGCGGGCUGUGUUAAGCCUCUCCUCCAAGGAGGCCAGGGCUAAAACAUUUGGCACUUGUGGCUCACACCUGGGUGUCAUCCUUCUCUUCUACACACCUGGACUCUUCUCGUUCUACACACAGCGCUUUGGUCAACAUGUGCCACGGCAUGUCCACAUCCUUCUGGCUGACCUCUAUCUUGUGGUACCCCCCAUGCUCAACCCCAUCAUUUACGGCAUGAAGACCAAGCAGAUUCGGGAUGGAGCUCUUCGACUGCUGAAAAGGGGUACUACUUAG